CUUCCCCAUACCAUUUCCGUAUCACGGGAGCUCUCAUGCACCAGGACCUCUGUACAGUGCUAUCUGUUCCCGAAUCUGCGUGAUAUCUGGGAUAAAUCAGACUUUUUGGAUUUUCAAAUAUCAUCGUCAUGGCCGAGCAACAGGACUCGAUUGGUACACCUAAUUCUGGUCGGUCUCGAAGGGAAGCACAAAUCGUGGACCGACAUCUGCCAGAAGGAUACAGCGCAGAACCAGAAGCUGUGGCGUAUGCCUCUCCCAGUGAUGUGGAGGGUACAUCAUACUUCUCGAAAUCUCCAGAGCCUGAGUCGAGUUUGAAGCUUCAAGGAGGCGACAUGCAUCGUGACAUUUUCAAAAUCAGAGCACGAGCAAAGAAUGAUGGAGGUCUAAGGCGAUCCAAUACGUUUGCCGCUGGACAAAGUCGUCGAGUCCUCUCCACUGCGGAGAUUCCCGUGGGCGAUCAGCUUCAGCCUGGCGGUAUGCGAAGACAGUAUGUGCAACGGCAUACUGUACAGAGACGGCUUAGUACAGUCGCCACACCAGUGACCAGGAACUUCAUAUCAUUUCUGGAGCUCUACGGUAGUUUUGCUGGCGAAAACCUGGAGGACACGGAUUCGGAUUUGGACCCUGACACGGAAUCUGCCAUAGAUGAGGACGAAGCAGAGGCGAACCAAAUGCCUGGCGAAAGACGACCGCUUCUUGGGAGAAGUAAGAGUUCAAAACGAGGAAAGCGCGAAGGAGAUGCUGGCACGACGAAAACUUUUUUCACGCUGCUCAAGGCAUUCGUCGGGACUGGAAUCAUGUUUCUACCGAAAGCAUUUAGGAAUGGUGGAAUCCUGUUCUCCUCGAUCACGCUCGUCAUGGUCUCGUUUAUCACGAUACUCUGUUUCCGCCUUCUGCUUCAGUGCAGAGAGAGGUAUGGUGGCGGUUAUGGUGAAAUCGGAGAUGCAAUCUUUGGCCGCAAAUUCAGAGGACUCGUUCUGGCAUCCAUCACAUUGUCACAAUUGGGCUUUGUCUGCGCUGGCUUGAUUUUUACAGCCGAGAACUUGCUAUCGUUCUUGCAGGCACUUGUUCCAGCAGAUAAGCCCCAGCCAUUCAACACAGCCGCCCUGAUCGCAAUUCAAUUUGUGAUUCUCAUCCCAAUGGCUCUGAUCCGAAAUAUCGCGAAGCUUGGACCCGCUGCGCUUCUUGCAGAUGUCUUCAUUCUCAUCGGGCUGGUUUAUAUCUGGACAUAUGAUAUCAAAGAGCUAGCCUACCAAGGCAUGGCUCCUACAGUGAAGCUCUUCAACCCGGACUCCUUUACACUUACUGUUGGCUCGGCAAUCUUCACAUUCGAAGGCAUCGGACUUAUCCUGCCAAUUCAGUCUUCGAUGAAGGAACCGGAGAAGUUCUCGUACCUGCUGUACUUGGUCAUGUUCAUCAUCACCUGUAUUUUCACCUCGGUUGGAGCUCUGUGCUAUGCCACUUUCGGCGAAGAGACCAAGAUUCAAAUCAUAUCGAACUACCCGCAGGACAGCAAGCUGGUCAAUGCCGUACAGUUCCUGUACUCCAUGGCAGUCUUGGUUGGUGAACCUGUGCAGUUAUUCCCAGCUGUUCGCAUUAUUGAGCAGUGGCUAUUUGGCGACAAAGCUUCCGGCAAAAAGAGUGCUGGUGUCAAAUGGUGGAAGAACCUUCUUCGCACUGCCAUGAUGUUGUUCUGUGGCCUCGUGGCGAUCGUUGCCGCUGGAGAUCUCGACAAGUUUGUGUCCCUGAUCGGCGCUUUUGCUUGUGUGCCACUGGUAUACAUCUAUCCGCCGGUACUACAUCUUCGAGGCAUUGCGGAGAAAAGGUCAGAGAAGAUAUUCGAUAUGGUUAUGAUCUGUGUCGGAGUGGUAGCAAUGGCAUAUACGACGACGAUGACACUAAAGCAGUGGAUUGAGGGUUCACUAUGAAGUAGUCUGUGGAUAUGACAGUAACACAAAAGUAAAGUAAAUCAGAUGAUAUAGCAUAGCGUAGCAUAGCGUAGCAUAGCAUAGCAUAGCGUGGCAUACAGGUAGUUACAGAGGACAGCAAUUGCGAU